AUGGCCAUCGACCCCUACCGUCAAAGGUACACACCUGCGUCCAUCAAAAAGUCACAGGUUCUGAAAGACUUUUUUGCCUUCCCUUUCGUUUCUUCUUUCUGGCCUAACCUUCCCCCCUCCCUUGGUCCCCUACCCCAAGGUGGAUUUGCCUUCGAUCUAUCGCAGAUCCGGGAGAAGGGCAAGGCAAAAGGACGACCGGAAACAGACCGGUACGAGAAGAGCCGUCACGACCGCAAUACACAGCAGAUACACCGCCGUACGGUGGAUACACUUUCGGCCAAAUCGGGGGCACCUCGGAAGAGACAAGACCCCAGAGUGGAGCAGGCAGGACAAUGGCGGCAGGAGUACAUGUGGGAUACCGGGGUACGGCCGAUUACACGCGGCGAAAGGCAAGUACCGCGGGCGUAA